GAAUUUAACAUGUCUGCCGUUAUUUUAUUUGAUGUUAUUUCUAGAUAAAUAGCAAAAAUGAUAUUAUUUUUGAAUGAUAAUGUUGUAUGUCGCAAUUGAAGUGUGUUUAUUUUGUGUUAAAUAGUUUUUUUCUGCUUAAAUUUCGUAUAUUUUGCCAAAUAUUUCGUACCAUGUAAGGUUAGAUCAACCAUGUGUGAUGGAAAUUCUGUUAAUCAAAAUAUGGUAACAGUUUCUCCUUCCGAUAUUCAAAAUUUAUUAAAUUACUUCUCAAAAAGCACUUAUCGAGCUAAGGAAGCAGACUCCAUCGGCAAUGAUGCACUUUUACGUAGCAUCGAACUUAUGAAAAUUGACUACAACCUUUUUUUGUUAAACAAUGUUGGAGGCGAAUUAAGCACACAUUAUCCGGGCCAGUUAAUCGUACUUGAAUGCGAGCGCACUCCAAAUCAAAAUUUAUGCGUGUCGAAUCCGCUUUCACAAGGGACGCAACGUACAACAAAUACGAUAUACGAAUGUAUGUACGAUUCUCAAAAACUACGAGACCUGAUUGUAAAAGCUCGAUUUGCCAGGUGUCGAGCGAGAUUUCCCUUACCGGUCAUUUUAUAUAAGGGUAAAUAUAUUUGUCGUUCUGCUACGUUGUCAGGGGGGCCGGAGAUUUACGGCCGAUCUGGUAUUAAUUAUCUGUUUAACGGCGCCGAACCUGUUUGUGAACAAUAUGACAAUGACGAGGAGGAUUUGGAGACUUCAAAUUCCCAGUCGGAUUGGCAGUUAUUUGAUAGAGUCCGUAGUCAAGAUAUUAAAUUAUUAAAGACUUUCAAUGUGGGAACAAUCAUAGACUUUAUGGUAGAAAAAAAGAAAGUAAAGUUUGGAAUGAACGUAACUUCAUCGGAAAAGGUUGAUAAGGAGAAUAGGUAUUCCGAUUUCACAAUCAUCUCUUUACCUUACCCCGGUUGUGAGUUCUUUAGAGAAUUUCGUGACAGCGAUUACACCGCACAAGAUUUGGUAUUCGACUGGUCACAAGCUCAUGUCGACGCGUGCAUUUGUGUUCCAGAAGAUUCAAUUUCCGCCCAGUUAGGAAUUAAAUGGGAAGAAUAUAAGGGUUGGGAUCUUGUAAAAAUUACUCAGAAUUAUAUGAAACUUUUAUUAAAAUAUUUACAGGAUAGCAGUUCCGGGCUCCUUAUUCACUGUAUCAGUGGCUGGGAUCGGACGCCUUUAUUUAUAUCACUAUUACGCUUAAGUUUAUGGGCCGACGGUUUGGCCCAUCAAAGCCUCGAUGUUUCGCAAAUACUUUAUUUGACAAUAUCCUACGACUGGAUGUUAUUCGGACAUCAUCUUUGUGAUCGCCUCGGGAAAGGGGAAGAAAUAUUUUUUUUCUGUUUUUACGUCCUAAAACAUUUAAUAGAUGACGAAUUCAGUAUUUCGGGCACAAUACGGCAUCGAAGUAGUAGUAAGUUAAGCGACCGAAGUAAUGAGAAAUCUGUUAUGAGGACUGAUAGUGAUUUGCAAUUAGACAGUAUGUUACUCGAGCCUGAUUCGCGAGGCUCAAAUGUUAGUCUUAACUCUUCCUGUUCCUCUGUUAGUAGCAAAUCUCAAGAGCAGCCUCCAGUGUCAUUUCAUCUUCAUGAUGAAAAUACAAAUGGAAACAAUUUUCCGUGCGACAUGUCCAGCAGCUUACUUUGGUCGCCACAAACGAGACGCACAUCUCCUGUAACUGUACCUGUCACAUCUCGAUUUCGACAAAGGCAGGAAUCGUCCUCGUCGCUUAGUGUAGGUAGUUGGCAGAUGAUAAGCGGAACUGGUAGCUUAAGAGGUUCGGAUUCGGCGUCAAUUUCUACCAUAGAUUCCAAUGGCACUAACUCGAACAGGUUUGAAGGUCAGUCCUCGCAAGAUUCCAGUUGCACUUUAAUAGACGAAGAAGACUCUAUCAAUAGGGGUAUAGACGGAUUGUCGAUACGCAAGGAAAGAUUACUAAGAAUUCGAGCGCUGUUUUAUCAUUGUUACAGUACUACCAUUGGCUUUAAAUUCAAAAAUGGCAGUGAUUCAGCGCUCAGUUCACUAUUAGGUAAUUUUGCCGAAAAAGUGGGAUUAUCUCAAAGAACAUCGGUAUAAAGCAGAAUUUGUUAUUUAUUGUUUUUUUUGUUCAAUGUUUAAUUAUUACUAUUGUUUGAAUUCAGAUUCCACGUUUAAGAUUGUUUCUUGUUUCAAAUUAUUAAUUACUUAUAUACUGCCAUUAUGUUACUAUCAGAUGCCUAUCUGAACUUGUUCAUUUAAACGUGCCAUUAAAAAAUUAAAUGUAUGUUCACGCAGAAGUUCAUCAGUAUGUACACUGUCUGUUCAUCCAUUGCCGAAGGAACUGACAGUAUUGACUCGUACCACUGAGGUAAUUGAUGAAGCUACACAUUGAAAUGCAUUCCAAAGACGUUUAGUUUAUUAUAAAAGUUAUAUGACAAAUGUUGAAUAGUUUUAUGGCAGUACAAAUGAGAUUCUUGUAAUAAGUUAAUUCCAAUUCGAUAGGUCGGUCAAUUAAACCUCGUUUUUCACUGUGCAAAAAAAGGAAUCUUCGUCGUACACUGAAACAUUGCCAAUAUGAAACGGAAUUUAAUAUUCUGCGUCAUAGACUGUUAAUUUUUCUGCACUAUUGUUACUGUAAAUACGCAAUGUUAUAAAAAACAAUGUCUAUUUUUAA